AUGUUUGCGGAGGUUAAUCUCGAGAAUGGCUUUACAGGAACACUUAUCCAACCGUACGAUGAACACAACCACUUGUAUUACUUUGUACAAGGGAAAUGUGAGGUGGCAAUUGAAAAUAAAGAAAUAUUCGUCGCGACCGCUGACUCAGUGCUUGCCUUGUCAUGGGAAACUCAAGCUUCGAUCAAAGUCUUGGAGCAUGCGCGGAUCGUCAUUGUCUCUGUCCCUCGGGAUCCUGCUAUGAAUCCCGCGAGUGCAGUGUUUCGCACUAUGAAGAGCCUGCAAGACAUGGACCGCUGGGUGGACUAUGGCAAGGGUAUCAGUCGGCGAUUUUUCACGAGAAAAGACGGGUUUAACAUCACGGUUACUAAUACUACGAUUGCCCCCAACGAGAAGGCACCAAUGCAGUACCGGCACCACUACGAGGCUAACUUCAUGGUUAGAGGGAGUGGCAGCUACACGUGGAAUGAUGGCGCUAGUACCCAGGCCUUCAACGAGACAGACCCAGACACGCGCGACGGGGUCAUGUACUUACUGGAUGAUCACGACGCGCAUGUCUUAACUGGGGGACCCGCUGGUGCAGAGAUUGUACUCGCGUUCUUCCCCGCGCUGGAAGGUGACGAAGUUCACGACUUUAGCGGUGGUUUCUCCUCCUACUAG